AUGUCAAACUGGAGGCAGGGCUAUUCAACUGCCUUGCGCAUAAGAGACGAGCGAGAGAAGGCAAAUAUUUAUGUUUUCGAGGCCUAUACCCGCCUGGCUGAUCGCUCCGUCAGUCUGGAAAAAGAACGGGCUGAAGCGGUUCAAUAUGCCCGGAGCCUCUCAAAAUCUAAAGGCACCCAUACCCCUCAAGACCGAAAGCAACAAAGCCUAGAUGAUAGCGCUGCUAUUCCGUCCGGGUUAGAUCCCUUGCUUGCUGCGAAUCAAGAUCUGGCUGCUGCGCAGAAAGCGCGAGAAGAACUAGCGAACAAACUUGAGCAGGCCACGGGGAAGAUGGAUAGACUCCUGAGAAAAUUAAAUGCAGAGUCACAGAGAGCAGCAGAUUUGGCUGUGGAAAGAACACAACUCCAAACCCGUCUGAAGGAUAGGGACGAAGAACUGCGGGGGAAGGCUAAGCUACUUGAUGAUGUCCAAGAUGAGCUUGUGUCACUCAAUCUACAGUUCAAUAUGGCUGAGGAACGGGCUAAGAAAUAUGAAGAAGAGAAUCAACAGCUCGUGGAUAGAUGGAUGGCGAGAAUGGGACAGGAAGCUGAAGCCAUGAAUAAAGCAUCGAGGUUUUCAUAG